AUGUUCUUCCUCAAAAACAUGGAGCGCAGAGUCACUCUGCAUCCAUCAUAUUUUGGGCGCAACAUGCACGACUUGGUCACCAGCAAGCUGCUCAAGGAUGUCGAGGGCACCUGCGCUGGCAGCUACUACAUCAUCUCCAUCAUGGACACCUUUGACAUUUCCGAAGGCAAAAUCCUGCCCAGUAAUGGCUUGGCCGAGUUUACUGUCGGCUAUCGCGCCGUCGUCUGGCGACCGUUCAAGGGCGAGACCGUCGACGCCGUCGUGUACUCCAUCAACCCGCAGGGUUUCUUUGCGCAAGCUGGCCCUCUGCGACUAUUUGUGUCGGCCCAUUUGAUUCCCAGCGAUACCAAGUGGGAUCCCAACGCGACGCCUCCCCAAUUUACAAACAACGAAGACACCGUAAUCGAGCCCAGCACACAUGUACGAGUAAAAAUCAUUGGAACAAGAACCGAAGUCGGCGAGAUGUGGGCGAUUGGCAGCAUCAAGGAAGAUUACCUAGGACAAUCCGGAUCAACGGAAUCAACAGACCCGUGGCGAGGCCUGAGUUCGGCCGACACUAUUAAAAUAGAGGAGCAAUACAGGGACAACGCCGAAGCUAUGGAGACUAUGGACGGCCUAUACAAGGCCCAGGCGUAUAAGUUGGUGCGCUUUUAUGAUUAG